UGUCAAACCGGAAAACACGAGUCAAGCAAAUGAGGUUCAGUCAGCAAAAUCUCAGGUGCAAAUAUGGAAAGUUCCUAUUGCGGGUUAUUUUGGUGAUAAAAAUCUGGCAUGACUUGACUUCAUGACUUGCGAAAGACCACAGAAUAUAAGUAACACGCACCAGGGAAGCAAUUUAUAUGACUACAAGUUAUGAACUAUAUCGACGACUUCUUUUUUUCCAAUUAUUGAAAUUCGUUUUGAAGUAAAGGACAAGCAGUUAAAUCCUGGACCUGAUCCCACUUUGAAGUUCAGAGAUACCUGACAUGCCGACAUCCACAUUCACACAGAGGAAGUGAGAAGUCAAAACAUUCCGCGAAACAAAACUGAAGAAGUCUGAAGUGUUAAAAAAGGAAUACUCUACAAACAGGACCACACACUUCAGUGCGAAUUGAAAUUUUUGCAAUAUUUUUCCAAGAAAACAUUCGGAAAUAUAAACAACUUGUGAAUUUGUACAUCCUUCAGUAAACUGAACCAAGUGGUUUUAACUUACUAAAGAAUGUGUGAAUGAAUUGAAACGGAUAUCAAAAAAGAUUUUGAAGCAUCAUUACGGACAUUCAAAUGCGAAGUGACUUAUCAAAACUUAAUAUCUGACAACUGGGCAUAACCCUUUCUUUAGUCAUAGAGGUCGAAUGAUUGAACUUUGCUACAAUGAAGGUGGUGGAUUAUUUCAUGUGUUUGGCUGCAUCCUGCGCCAUUGGAUACCCUUCAACAGUGACUUCAAAUGGAACAAAUAUCAGUCAAAAUGGCACGGACACUCGGCCAGUUCCUCCUGGCAUUCCCUUAAGGUGCCGAGCUGUCAACAGCAUGCACGAAUGCCUCUUACUGUUCCCGAAAUACAACGCAGCUAAUGACGCCUUUAUUUAUGGCCUGCCAUUGGUCAUCAUGGUGGGAACAAUCGGAAAUGUUCUAAGUCUGAUUGUGUUUUCGCGAUGGCAGAUGCGCCAAACUGCGACCUACUUCUACAUGGCGGUACUGGCGGUCGCAGAUCUCUUAGUACUGUACAUAAGUGCAUUCCGUUUAUGGAUCACAAAACUAUCGGGCUUCGACGUAAUGGCCACAACUAAUGCCGCCUGCAAAACAUUUAGUUUUCUCCCGCAGUGGUGCACGCAUUUUUCCGCCUGGAUUUUAGUGGCCAUGACGGUUGAUCGUUUCAUUGCCGUGAAUAUGCCUUUGAAAGCAAUCGUAUACAGCACAUUACCAAAGGCACGCAUCACUGUCAUCGUCAUAGCCAUAAUCCUCAUUCUAUUCGACAUGCAAGUGCUGUGGAAAUUAGAGCUGACUGAGAGAGGAUGUGUUCCGAAUGAUGACGACUGGUACGAAAUGUUCCCCUGGUUAGAUAUGGCAUUGUACUCAUUCGUCCCAUUCCUUGUUCUCGCUAUUUUCAACACCAUCAUCGCCAAGGACAUGAUCCAUGCUAGGGCAACCCAACAGGCCCUACAGGGCAAGAAAAAUGACCAACACAUCCACAGUUUCGGAAGUAAAGUGAACAUUCAAGUUACGUCCAUGUUGCUUUUCGUCACAACCGCAUUUUUGUGUUUCACGUUGCCGAUCUGCAUCUUAUUCAUCAUUCGGACAGUGGAGUUUAGUACACACUCUAUUGAAGGUGCAAUAGACUACAUAGUCAUGGACGCUGCGACAAGACUUCUCAUGUAUCUCAACCACAGCUGCAACUUCUUCCUCUAUUGUCUCGUGGGGAGGAAAUUCCGCAUGUCGUUAGCGGCAAUGUGUUGUUCCAAGAAGCGCCGUCAGACAUCUGUUAUGGGCUCGGCAAUGACGCAGAGUUCUAGAAUGCGUUUUUCUUCCUCAUCAUCCCAGAGAUACAGUGUGAAUGCAUGACAAGAAGCCCUCCUCUUAUAACAACCGUAGGGAAUAAGUUUUGCCACAAGCAGAAGACAAUUCCCAAAAGCACAACCCCACAGAAUCAGUCUCUCGCAACAGGGAAAUUUUAAAGGUCGUAAGCCGUUCGUUAAGUAUUGGAAAUUUUUUAUUGAAUUUGAACAUUUUAAAUCGUGUAAAUCGGUAUGUAUAAUACGAAUUUCAACAAAACCAUUGUGUAGACAGAUAUACAAAUACAAGAAGUACCGAGAUUCAGCAAAUUUGUAUGAACAAUAACUACACAACAGCAUUGUGUUUAACUGCAUUUUAAUUUUCCUGGACCAACAGUUGUUACGAACGGCGUACCCCUUUGAGGCUUCCCAGGUUGAUGUGCUAAGACUUUUGCAAGAAAGAAAAUUUAAAUUACGGCUUUUCCGUGGAGGCACAAUUUUAAUUUCAAAUUAAAUUUAAAACUGCUGAUAUUUCCGAAAUGACUGAUGAGGUUAAAAACAGAGCUUUCACAAAAUGUUUGAAUGACAUUUAUAGAUCACUUUGAUGGAAUUUUUGUGGUAUGCUCGUUUAAUAGCUACAACAAAGGAGUUUGCUCGCUUAAGCUACAAGUUCAAGCCAAAUGAAGAAGAGUUGCAAUCAUGUGCUUUGGUGGAAUGAUAGGUUGCAGUCUUAUCCAUUCUGCACACCUACAUGUAUCAAAAUUUUGAAAUUUGACUCCAGUUUUGAAUUAUUUGCUAAUCAAUGUUUUUGUAAAUCUAAUUAGGCUCAUAACUGUGAGACUACGAUAAAAUUAAAACAAAUUUAAAGGUGUGUAGCGUAGGUGGUAUGAUGAGCUGUCAUCCCACCAAAUUGUGUUACAUAAUCCCCAUUUGUAUGGCGGAAACUUGCAAAAAGAUCUCAUGUCAUUCAAAUCUUUUGUGCAAGCAAUGGUUUGAAAAUAGCCGGCCGCUUUGGAAAUAUCAGCAAUUCUAGAUUUCGCAUGCUACAGAGGAUGACGAGACCUAAAAUCAUGAAAUUAUUGAUGAACUUGGGUGUCGCAAGAAGCUGAUACCUAACAAAAGUGUUGUACGCUUGUUGGAAAACUUAUUCUCCUGGUACGAGAGAAGAGGAGGACUUUUACUAUUCUGUUCUAUUGUUAUGUUAUUUUACUACUCCAGCCAUUUCAACAAUGUUGAUAUAACACGCUUGCACACAGACAGGACCCAAGUUUUUUUUCAUUAGUUAGUCGACCAUGGAUGGGCCUUUCUAAUUCUCCUCACAUUUCACAAAGAGAGAAACUGAAGAAGAUUUGGGUUAUCUUCUAAUUGACACCAGGAUAUUGAUUCAUGACAACACGAUCUGUGCUGCUAGCCUGAUAUUGAUAAUCAAGUUGUUCCAAGUCAAACCUACCGUGAUAUUACUUCAGUUGAUAUCAAAUACCCAGUCCAACAGCCCCAAAUUCCCAUCCUCCCACGAAGCCUUUCGUGCCUAAAAACACUCAAUCAAAAAUUACUUCGAGUUUAUUUUAGAAAUGAUCCAAAGACCUGCUGAAGGGAUGUUGAAGAGUCGUCUUAAAUACAUGUGAUAAGUAAAAGAGGCCUGUUUAUCUCAUUGUGACAGUCUGCUAAAUAGUUACAACACUAUGACACAGAGGCAUACACAAACUAUAUUUAUCUGCACAAGAAGAAAGGACUUUUUUGCAACUGCUGAUCCAAUUACUGGCAUGGCUGCUAGCAAACUCUUGAUAAAAAUACACUCGAGCAUCCAAUAGAACUUUUUACCAAACAGACCGAGAGAUGCACAUUGCGCGGUGGCGCCAGGAUUUCUAUCAGCGUAGAUGAGAAUGGCCCGAAAUAAAAAAUGUGAGCAAAGUUUUAUCACUGUCUAGUUUUAACCAUGUCACAACCAGUAUAAGUGACAUUCCUAGAUGUAGGUUCGGUUUUGUUUAGUUGACUCUGGCGUCAUUUGCAGCAAUGACAUGACAUUAUUCAUUCUGCAAUACAUCGAAGUACAUCGCCACGUUAGUGUUUCAGCUAAAGCAGAUUAGCAGGGCGCUGCGCCCUCUCUCACCAGGGAGUGCCCUUUUGCCCUUUUUUCAAAAAGACAACACCCUGACUUUAAGAUUAAAAAACCCACCUAAUAAAAGGCAUAAAUGUGUUUAGAAAUGCAGAAUUGGCUCCAUAAAAUCUCUUUCGUACCAUAAAAACUAUAAAAAUUGUUGAUCUUUCAAUUGAAAGCAGAAAUUGCCACGAUGAAAAAAUCUUUGGCUGAAAAUUGCUCCUGCUUUUUCAGAGUCCGAAUUUGUCCUGCCUUUUUGAAAUACUGGCUGAAACAAUACACAUGACAUCAUCGGACGAGUAUUUCAGACCAUCAUAGCGUGCGUCCUGAUCCUCUGAACUGAAAGAAUGGUCAGUCACAGUAAACUGUUUUUUGGAUGUCUAAUGUUUGCAACAGCAUCAUUUUUACAAAUCUGUUGACCAGCUGGUAGUGUUAGCUGGCGUUACAAGAGCUGAUGGAUAACGUUGCCACCCAUGCCAAGUACGCUACAUCAACUAUUGGUUAGCGUUGUUUUUUCUUCUUCCAGAAAUUUCCGCCUUGUGUUACACCAUUCACUGAAAAUGUCAGGCUAUCGCUGAUGUGAUGCCGCUUGCAUUGCUUAUGUUCUCUGGCACAGUGUGAGGGGAUGAAUUGUCCAGGCAUUAAUUAUCUAGGGAUUAUCAACAGGGACGAAUAGCCCUUGAGGAUGAAUAGUCCAGGGAUGAAGAGUCCUAGGGGAGGAAUAGUUCUCCGGCAAAUAGUCCACAGACAAGUUUUCUGGGAACAAAUUGUCCUCAUGGGUAAAUGAUAGCCAUUACUUUGGUAUUAUUUCCAAGUUUCUGUAUUGAGGCUGAUACAUCAAUCCACCCAAGUACAUAAACUGUUAGCAUAAUAAUGUUAGCUUACUUUUACUGGUGCAUCUCAGGACCAUCAUACGAGACCUAGGGAACUAUUCCAUAUUGAUGGAUGUCAUUUGUGACGACCCUCAAAUUUUCAAACCAAUCACAACCAACCAGAUAAGUUCUUUAAUGAAUGUUAUGGCACAAACCACUAAGCACUUUAAUCAACUUUAGGUUAGAUAGAUAUAUUAUUAUAUAUUAUAUGGGGUCCAUUUUCUGCUUACUAUAUUUUUGUAUCACUUGCUUGAAUUUAUGUUAACAACUUCUUCUUAAAUAA